AUGGAAAGCGACAGCGGGACCGGGCCUGUGGGAGCGCUGGGACAGGCGAGAGAGUCUCCUCAGGGCCUGUUGACGCCCAGGGGUGAGGGAGAGGCUGGGAGGAUGGAAUCAGAUGGGGCUGGUGAGGGCCCCGGCGUGGAAGAGGGCGUGAGCGCGGGCGCGGGCUGGCAGUGGCGGGCUCUGCGGGUGAUAUAUGUACACAGUGAGCGGGCCCAGAAUGGCGCCAUUGAUUGCCCUGAGGAGGGAGCACUUCGUUGCCUGCUUCAGGCCUGUGAGGCAGAGGGAGCGCGCCUCAUCACCGUGCCCGUCGCGGAGCUCGACUUUGGGGUUACUGCUGCGCUUGACGCCUUCUAUGAUGCAGAUAUUGCCAUUGUGGACAUGAGUGACAAUUGUGGACAGCCUUCCCUCUUCUACCAUCUUGGAGUCCGUGAAAGUCUUAAUAUGUCCAAUAAUGUGGUCUUGUACCAUAACACUGAUGCUGACACUGCUUUUCUAUUGAUGAAUACAGUCGCUCAAAAGAACAUAGCUUCCAGUGGAAUGUAUUGCUUCAUACCCUACAUUGUGACGAUAUAUGGUGAUUACUUUUAUUAUGAGAAUGUUUACCAAAGGCAAGGUUUGGAAUUCAUGGAACCUACUUGGGAAGCUGACUUGAAUCCAGUGUAUAUGCUCCUGGUGCAUAAGUUCAUUAUUAUCCUCAAGGACAUCAAUAUCAAUCCAUGUACUUAUCACAAAGAAGUCUUGUUAAGUGACAUCCGGAAAGCCAGAGAAAACUACAAGAACAGUGAACUGGUGAAAGAGUUGGCUGGAAUUAAACUUCGCAUGGAUAGCAUUGAGGUUAUGACUUCAGACAUCAUCAUUAAUUUACUCCUGUCCUACCGUGAUAUUCAGGAUUAUGAUUCAAUGGUCAAGCUGGUAGAAACCCUGGAGAUGCUACCUAUGUAUCAUAUGACUGAUCAGUGUAAUAUUAAAUACUACUAUGCAUUUGCACUAAACAGGAGAAACUGCCCAGGUGACCGUGAGAAAGCUCUUUGGGUCAUACUCCACAUUCUGCAGAAGUGUACUUAUCCAUCACCUGACAUGUUUUGCCUGUCUGGGAGGAUCUACAAGGAUAUGUUUUGGGAUUCUGAAUGUAAAGAUGGUGUCAGCCGAGACAAGGCUAUUGCAUGGUAUCGUGAAGGAUUCGAACUCCAGCCAUCGUUUUAUUCUGGAAUUAAUCUUGCAGUUUUGCUGAUAGUUGCUGGACAACAAUUUGAAACUUCUGCAGAAUUAAGAAGGAUAGGUUUCUACCUGAACAAUUUGCUGGAAAGAAAAGGAUGUGUGAAGAAAAUGAGCCAUUACUGGGAUGUGAGUUACUAUUUCAUACUUGCUAUGCUGACCAAUAAUACUGAGAAUGCAAUCCUGGCAGUGGAGAGGUUGUUCAGAUUGAAACCUCCAGUCUGGUACCUGCAAUCAUUAGUUCAGAACUUAUUGUUAAUUCAGCGCUUUACGAGAUUUGAUACUGAGCAUUCACCCAGGCAAGAACAUCUUAAGUUCUGGUUAGAUAUACUUUUUGAAUCAACAACCGAAGUUACUAAUGGACUGAGAUUUCCAGUUCUGGUGAUAGAAGGCACUGAUACCUACCAGCCUUCUUAUGUGUCUAUCAACAAUGAAGCUGAAGAGAGAACAGUAUCUUUAUGGCAUAUCUUCCCCAUAGAAACGAUACGCAUCAGUGAAUGGCAUUUUAAAGCCUCUGCUAUCAGGGGAAUAAGCCUUGCCAAUUUGGAUGAACGCUGUUGUUUUCUUUAUGUCUACAAUAAUUAUGAUGACUUUCAAAUCUACUUCUCAACACAAAACCAGUGUACCAGAUUUUGCUAUUUCGUCAAAGCAAUGCUAACUGAUUCAGUAGACCCUGCAACGGAGCUGGACAUAGGGAUUGAUGGAGACUCAAUAGACCAUGAAUAUGACCAUGAUGUAAAUGGGGAGAGAGUUGUCUUGGGAAGAGGCACCUAUGGAACUGUGUAUGCUGGCGUAGAACUGAGUGGUCAAACGCAAAUAGCCAUCAAAGAAAUUCCAGAGAGAGAGAGAAGAUUCUCUCAACCUCUGCAUGAAGAGAUAGCUCUCCACAAGUACUUCAAACACGAAAACGUCAUUCAGUACCUAGGCUCUGUUUCUCAGGGGGGUUACAUUAAGAUCUUUAUGGAACAUUUUCCUGCAGGAAGCCUUUCUGAUCUCUUGAAAUACAAAUGGGGGCCGAUGCGGGAGCCCGCGAUUAAGUUUUAUACCAGGCAGAUACUGGAAGGUCUGAAAUAUCUCCAUGAAAACCAUAUAGUGCACAGAGACAUAAAGGGUGAUAAUAUUCUGAUAAACGCCUACAGUGGGUUGCUAAAAAUCUGUGAUUUUGGAAUCACCAGACGCCUUGCAAGAGUGAACCCAUGCACAGAUAUUUUUGCAGGCACUUACAUGGCUCCGGAGGUUAUAGAAAACGGAUCUCGUGGGUAUGGUACACCAGCUGAUAUCUGGUCCCUGGGAUGCACCAUCAUAGAAAUGGCCACCGGCAGGCCUCCAUUCCGUCAGCCUCAUGAACCACAGAGAGCAUUGCUCAACAUGGUAAUGUUUAAGAUCCAUCCUGAUAUUCCACGAACCCUUUCAUUUAAAGCUAGAGGCUUCAUCUUAUCCUGUUUUGAGCCUAAUCCUAACAAACGGGUCAUAGCUGCUGCCCUACUCCAAGAUAGUUUCUUCAGGCAGAUGAACAACAACAGUAGGCAAACUGCUCUCCGGUCUUCAGAUAGCCAGCAUGCUGCUAGUUUCCCGACCCUACCCUUGUUGAGGGAGCGUACACGAGGCAACAGCAGCAACAGGGAGCACAGGUCCAUUUACUCAGGCUCUGAUCCCCAGCUGGACAUGAGAAUGAGAACUGAGAAUGCCUACGCACCUCACCACCAACCUAGCCACCUUCUCAGUGAUCGUGAUGGGAAUUCAACCUUGGAAGACCAGGGUGCAGCCUCUUCCUCAGAGGACAGCGAUCCAGACAUCCUCUUGCUGCAUGAGAACAGUGAACCCCGCACUAUCUUGUACAGAGUCCUUUGGGAGAACCAAACCCAAGUGGUUUCCAACUUGCAGGAGUAUGUGGCACAGAUUUCAGAAAAGACGCGUCUCUCAGUUGCUCACAUCAAGCAAAUAAUUGGGAUCCUGAGGGACUUCAUCCACUUCCCGGACCGCAGGGUGAUGGUAUCCAUGAUAGCAAAGCUAAAGGUGCACCUAGGCUUUGACCGCCUACGCAUCAAUCAGGUUCACCGGAUACUAUCUGGAUUCCAGACCUCCGUAAAUGAUAUUUUGAGAAACUACAGAAUUAGUACUCACUGCAUGUUUGCAAUGGACAACAUCCUCAGGAGAGCGGUACAGAUUGCAGUCACCACUCUCACCCCAGAGCUCCGAGCUCACUUUGAGCCUGCCUGAGAUACAAGGAGCCAGUCUGGUGAAGCAUAUAUGGCAUACAGUGUGAGCAGACAUUGUUUGGUGGCUAUGCAAGAGGUCCCACACCACCAGCAGCAAGCGAGACUCCAGGUGAAACAGAUCAAGGAGGGAACCAACAGACUUUUAGAACACGUAGUUCACAAAGAGAGAGCGUACCAGAAUCUUAUCCAACUAACUCUACGACAGAAAUGUGAAGAACUGUAUCAAAUGCAGUUACAAUACACAGGCAAUGGUGAGUCAUUUUCUGUUUGCCCUAUUUUAGGUGUGCUUGAAUGUGAGAAAGUACUUAAAAUCUGGCUAAUAUUCCAGCCAGUCUUGGAGAAAGAGCUGAGGUUAUCUUCUAUUAAACCAGAACUCUAUACUCUGGAAAAGUUUCUUACAUCCAUUUUACUUUUGAAAAACAUGUUAAUGUACAACAAGUUUCUAAUCAUUACAGGUACUGAAGAGAUUCCAUCACGCCUUCAGUUACAGACAGCAGAUGAAGAGCUUAGAAACUGGUUGCAGCUGCAAGGAGCGGAUCAAAAGACAAUUGAAAAGAUUGUUGAAGAGGAUUACACUCUUUCUGAUCUUCUUAACAACAUCACUAGGGAAGAACUAAAGAGACUUCGACUACGUGCUGAUAUCUUCCGUAAGAUCUGGUUUGCGAUCUCCCAGCACCGAAGACAGGCUGAGGCGUCCACAGAGGCUGCAGCUACACCAGAGGACAGAGCGAGCAAAUAGCUGACGUGUGUGGUUACAGCUCCAAUUUCCACACAACAAAUACUUACACAAGAAAGACUCAUUCAAUUAAUUUAGGAAUUUAAAGUUUUAAAGACAGUUCUUACUGAAAUUUUUUAGUUUGUUAUUUAGAGGCAUGUUUUAAAGAUUUGUAUAAGGAUCUGUAAUAGGAAUAGUCAAUCUUAGUCACCACACCCUAUAGUAGUUGAUGGAAAGAAACUCUAAAAUGAGGCCGAGUGCCUCUGUUUUAUGAUGUGCCUUAUUUACUAGUGUAGCACUUCAAUAAGAGAUAAAAUAGAUACAAAUGUGCCUUAAAUUUAUUAUCUAAUAGGAAUGUAGCUAAGGAUAACUUCAUGUUUACUUUGAAUGCAUAAAUGAAAAAAAUAAUUUGGCUUUUGAAAUCUUAUUUAUAAUCAUAAAUGUUGGAGAAGCAAGCAGUGCAGUCUUCUGCACCUAUACUACCUGUGAGGUCAAGGGGUCCUAUGAGAAUACAGCAAUGAUUCCUCAAGAC